AAACAAAGAUACUCACGUCACCUUCAAGCUUUCAGGCUAAUUCUACCGGGACUGAGACAAUCGAGGAUCAUUCUCAAAAGGCGGGGCCCUCUCGCCACGCUUCAGCAAAUUCCGAAGUAUCCUCGGCUGGAACAAAAGCAGGGAAGCGGAAACUGAGCCUUUUCAAUAGCGUCAUGCGUAGAGUCAGCAUUCAUCGGAGGGAGUCUACCCCGACGGGGAGGAUAGCCACAUUCUUGUUUGGAGUUGAGGACUCAGCCAACGGCAUGAAGGACCAUGAAGGUGGACACAAGGAUGACCAGGGGUCAGCACACCAUCAAGGUAGCAAGUGUAUGUCUUGGUGGUUUAAAUAUAGAACAGUAGAAGGCUUGUUCAUGAUGCUCAGUGGUUUGUAUGGGAUCAUUGUGGUCAUCUUGGGGGCAGUCCUGCCUAUAACUGAGAUAUUUAUGGGCGAUGUUCUUGAUCGGACAUUUCAGGCCUUCUACAUUUACCUGUAUGUGGUCAGCAUCGUGUUCCUGGUCUACGUGUACGCUUACUUGUUGAGGCGGAACCAGCUGAAGACAGAGUUCCUCACUAGAACCUUGUCCAGAUCGCUGUCCUGGACACGAGCCUGGGGCAAGACCUGGGCUCGGGGAGACACAGACAGCAAGAGCAAGCGGAAGAAGAUGAUAUCUCUGGAUUCUAACCACCACACAGGGACGUUUUACCUUCGUCUGGGAGUGCUGGGAUUCGGCAUUGGCUCAAUGAUCCACAGUGGCCUCAACUUUGGUGCCUACGUCUCAGCCUCAAGCUCCUGCACAGAACCCAUCCAGGCCAUCAAGCCGGUGAUACACCUGAUCUUCACCUUCUUCCAGCUCUACUUCAUCUUCAUGAACUCUAAAAUGUGCAUUCACCGCUACAAAAAGCUGGCCAGGUUUGGGCUGAUGCACAUGUGUGCCACAAAUAUCUGUGUGUGGUUUCACUCCAUUGUGGUGGAGACCAUGCACGUCAUUCACAUGCAGGCCCACGGUGGACACCAUGGCACCGGAGGGGAUGGUCAUCACUCACCAGGUGCCCCUGACCACAGCGGUGGUGACCACCACAACACUCCAGACCCUCAUGGCGACCAUGAAGAUCUUGGUUACCACGAUGACAAUCCGGUAUAUUCCCUAGUCAACACAACAGUCAGUUUAGGGAGAAAGUUACAGGCUGCGCCAAGGAUGUAUCAUGGCAAUGAUAGUCUUGAUGAUUCUUGUCAGUGGGCGGACAUGAUGGGCAAAGCUGUGGAGGCGUCUGGAACAUACCUGUACCCCUGUACCAUUGAAUACAGCCUGAUGUGUGCUGGUAUCCUGUACGUCAUGUGGACAAACGUGGGCACAAAACCAAAAGCACCUAGAAAUUCCGAGCAAGACCUUGAAGAUGAGGACGACGACCGCCUUCACAGGAUGAGUGUUGACUGCACCAGCUCCAGCAAAGGCUUGUUUCUCGGGAUUCUUAUGACCGUUGGGACCAUCAUUUCCAUCAUUGCCUUCUACAUGCUGAACCACAAGGAGGAAAUGAAGUCUUCAGGCAUCGUGCUGGCCCAUGUGUCAGAGACCAUCAUCUACUCAGUCACACUGGUGGCGCUCUUCCUGGCAGCGUACAGGAUGAAGGAUCUAACCUUCCAUGCUGACCAUGAGGUGGAUCUGGAGGACAUACUGGUUCUCAUCUCAUUUACAGGUCUUCUCGCCUUUAUCAUUUUCAGUCUUGUAGCCUCCAUGUUGAGCAAGCCUACUACAACGUCUGGUCUAACAAUUUUAUCAAACCUGUUGAUGCUGUUCCAGUCAACAACUCAGACACUUUUUAUGCUCGCAGGAGACAGAAUGACAGCUUCCAAUGAAAUGCAGGCAAGGAAAAAACCUGGCAGGGAGUUUAUCACAUUUUCUGCUGAUCUCCAACUUUGCCAUGUGGGCUCUCAACACGUUUGA